AUGGUUGCCAUUUCAGAGGUCCGCGGGCAGCUACCCAAUAUCAAGAACCUGGGAUCGGGUCUGGUUGCUGUGUUCGUCGGCGGAACCAGCGGAAUCGGUCUAUCGACAGCGAGGGAGUUCACUCGUUAUGCGACAGCUCCCCAUAUCUACCUGAUCGGACGCAACGAAGCUCAAGCAUCGGAGAUUAUCUCAGAACUACGUACCGUCAAUCAAUCCGCAACAAUAGACUUCAUCAAGAGUGAUAUCUCUCUACUCAAGAACGUCGACACCACAUGUCGCGAGAUCGCUCAGAAGGAGUCAAAAGUAAACCUUCUCUUCCUGAGUGCGGGUAUCUUGACCACUCAGGGAAGGACUGGUGAGUACUUACCCCAUUUCACCCAUCCCUUCACACCAACUCAACAUGAAAUAGAAACACCCGAAGGCCUCGACCGCAAACUCAGCCUCCACUACUACGCCCGAAUGCGCUUCGCCGACAACCUCCUCCCACUUCUAAACCAAGCCGCCUCAUCAGACCGCCUAGCCCGCGUAGUCUCCGUCUUCAGCCCAGGAAACGAAGGCAAGCUCAUCGAAAAUGACCUCGAUCUCCGCAAUAACUACAGUCUCUCAAAUGCAGCCGCCCAUGGCUGCACCAUGACAUCUCUCUACAUGGCGCAACUUGCCGCGGCACAUCCGAACAUCAGUUGGGUACACAGCCGUCCUGGCGCCGUGAACACGAACGUCACGCGUGAAUUCAACCCGCUUGUUAGGGGACUCACUAAUGCUCUUUUUGUACUGACGCCCCUUCUGUCGUCGGUUGGACUUAUUUCUGUCAAGGAAUCGGGAGAAAGGCAUGCGUAUGCGGCUACGAGUCCGUUGUUCGCGCCACGGGUGAAGGGGGUGGAUACUGUGGGUACUGAUGGCGCGAAAGGAAGUGGUGCGUAUCGGGUGGAUUAUGAUAGUUCUAUUGUCAAAGCGAAGUCUGAGUUGGUCAAGGGGUAUUUAGGUAGUGGAGUGGGUAAGAAGGUGUGGGAGCAUACGAGGGAUAUGUAUGCGAAAGCUACUGGGAAUUAG